AUCCCUGGUGUGGCAUGACGUCAAAUUCAAGAUGGAUGGAAUCACUGCCGUGGCGCGCGCCACCGCAAUCUAAAGCCUCUCGGUGGAAAAAAAAACCCCAUCACCGAAAGCUGGCGAUUUCACCGCCACUUUUUUUUCUCUUCCCCACCCCAGCCCACGCCCUGGAAGGUGGAGCAGACCAUGGAAGAAUUAUUUCACUACAUCAAUCCAGCACAUGCCAUCUCUCUCCUGAGUGCACUCAAUGAAGAUCGUCUAAAAGGCCAGCUGUGCGAUGUAGUCCUCAUUGUUGGUGACCACAAAUUCCGGGCACACAAGAAUGUUCUAGCUGCCAGCAGUGACUACUUCCGGGCUUUGUUUACGAAGAAAGAGAAUGAGAGCCAGUCAGUUUUCCAACUGGAUCUCUGCGAAGCACCUAUUUUUGAGAAUGUUCUGAACUACAUCUACUCCUCAUCCCUUUUCAUUGAGAAAAAAUGCCUAGAAUCCAUCCACCAUCUGGGUAAUAACCUUGGCAUCUCUUUUCUAACCAGCAUUCCAUCACAGACGCCUCAGAUUUCGUGCACACCAAGUACUAUUGAAAAGGUGAGCAAACCUGAUAGCUCCCAGCCAAGGAGUGUCAUUGUAUGUCAGGGGCGCAAUGAUCUUGAUAAGAAUAACAUUGAAUCCGAAACAAAGGGAGGGGAUUCCAAUCAGAAAAAGGAACCGUCGAAGGAAGAGCCAAGGCACAGUUUAAAAUCCUCAUCUUUGAUGGAUGCCCUAAGGGCAAAUUGCAAUGCUGUGCCCAGAGAUGUUGGUACAACUCACCUGUCGGAUGAUAAGGGACAACCCCUGUUAACGGAUGUGCGUGGGGCCUUGGGUGACACAAAGUACCAUGAAGCCAUCAAAUCUCUGGAAGCUCGAAAUAGUAGGAUGAGGUUUUGUUGGGAUAGGAAAAGUUCCAUGAGUGUGGAUGGUACUUCAAGUUUCAGUGGGAAAGUUUCUGAUACAAGGCAAAGCCUGACUGAUCUCUUGGUCAAUGGAACGUCUUUAACUAGGCCACAACUAACACCUGCAUUCUCGUUUCAUGGAACAACAGGAUUUGCAUAUUCCCAACCAAAGUCUGGGCACACAGCAAAUCCUGGCACAAUUGAAGAGAAUAAUUUUCUAUAUUUCACUCAGGUGGGGCCCAUUGUUCAACCCCCAAUAUUGCAGUCUAACACCCAGAAUGUUGUCAGCAGCGGCCCAUUAGUGAAAAGUCUGCUUCGGAGGUCAUUAUCAAUGGAUAGUCAGGUCCCUUGUUACUCUUCUCCUCUUGAUCAAAAGAUGAAUUACGGAUCAUCAAUGUGUAAGCAUGAACCUCUAGAGAUGAUUUGUGAUGUAUCUUCCCAAAAACUGAUAAAUACAAAUUCAAUGAAACAACAACUUCAAAAAGAUGAGCCUCAGGUUGGCCAGACUUCUUGCCCAAAACAGCUUGAUGGAUCUCGGCCUUCCGAAGCAGAGGGCAUCUCUUUACCAUCAGCUGUUAAAGUAAAAGCAGAGCCUUGUAGCCCUGUCUCAGAGACAUCUGAUAUUAUUCGAGUUACUGUUGGAGAAACCUUGCCAUCUACCAGUAAGGAAUUCUCAGUGAAAAGCGUCGGGACGACCAGAAGGACAUCCACGCUGCCAGUAAAAAGGAGGUUCCAGGCUGAAAAUGCAAAGAUUUCCGUUGAGAAAUCAGAAUCUUUCCAGCAUUCUCCCAAUAUCACGAAAAACGUUGUGGAAAGUUCAAGCCCUAUUAUAGAUGAGGCUAAUCAAGAUCUGUUGAAGACUGAUCAGAACAAAGAGGAACAUUUUAAUCCCGAAUCAGCAAUAACUGGGAAGCGAUCCAAGUGCACAACCUGUUCCAAGAAAUUCCGAACCCCAGCCGGCCUAUUCCGCCAUGUUGGCAUGUACCAUAACCCAGAUAAGCCACAUGCCUGUGAUAUCUGCCACAAGAAAUUCCUUACCAAUUUCAAAGUUUGGACACACAGCCAAACACAACAUGGGAUAGUCAGCAACCCAUCAGCAGCUCCCAGCUCCUGUCCUGCCUCAGAAGAAAAAUUUCAAAAGAAACUAAGUGAUAUGAUACGUGAAAGGGAGAUCAAGAAGGCGCUGUUUCACAAGUUGCGACGAAAGCAGAUCUCUCAUAGUUACCCAAGCCUACGGUCAGAACAAGGAUUCAAAAAGAAUUUAAAGCCUACAGCCAAAGGUGUGUACAUAUGCACAACAUGUGGAAAGCUGUUCCGCUUCCUGUCACGUUACAGGCAACACAUGAAGACCCACCCAGGUGAGAAGCCUUUUGUUUGCAAGCUCUACAAUAAGCCUAUCAAGCCAAAAGAACAAUGUAGUACUGAAAGUGUGAGUGAAGAGAGUUUGGAAAAACAAUGCGAUCAUUGUAAAAUCAAGAUGCCUUCUAAGGCGGAGAAGACAAGACAUGAGAGGAUUUGUAGGAAUGUUAAUGUGUGCUGCUACUGUAGUCUUAGGUUUUACUCCAGAGAACUAAAGCAAGAGCACGAAAGUCAGUGUGAAUACAAAAAACUAACCUGUCUAGAGUGUAAACGCACAUUUAAAUCCUCCUUCAGCAUUUGGCGCCAUCAGAUCGAAGUUCAUAAUGAAAAUACAAUGGCCCCAGUAAAACAGUCUUGCCUGGAUACAACAUGUCACAAUGGUGUCUUGGCAAACGAAGCUCAGACUGAAGUUGUAGAGAACUCCAUUGCUAGCCCAAGUACCUCAAAGGAAGACGAAGCAUGCAGUGAUUCUAUGGAACCUAUGUAUGUUGACUCUGAAAAUUCGUCUUGCUUUCCUGAAGACCUGAGUGUCUCCAGCCACAGAAAUGCAAACAUUGAGGAUAAUCAUGUACCUGACGCAGUCUCCACUAAUCCCAUCCAUUUGGAAGACUUGGCUUCGGAAUCAAACAGUUGCAGUGGGGAGCCAGAGGAUCUAACUUACAAAGGAGAACGUGAACUUUGGCCGUGUGAAAAAUGUGGCAAGCUCUUCCCGAUACGCAAGCAGCUGGAGCGUCACCAGGAAUUGCUGUGCACUGUUAAGCCGUUCAUUUGCUACAUUUGCCACAAGGCCUUCCGCACCAACUUCCGUCUCUGGAGCCACUUCCAGUCUCAUAUUUCUCAGUCAACGGACCAUCUUGAAACAUCGAAGCCUGCAAAGGGUCCCUCGUGUGCUCCACCUCCCCCUCCACCACCUCCCCCACCACCACACUCUCCUGAGCCUGAACACGUCUCGAAUCACUCGGAUAGGUCCAGCAGCCCGCAGGCAUCAGAUGCUCUUUUUUCCCACGCACCUCCUCUUCCAGCAACUACCUUUGAAAGGCUGUUCAUGUGCACACUUUGCCACCGGACUUUCAAGACUGCGUUCAGUUUGUGGAGCCAUGAACAGAUUCACAACUGAGAUGAGACGUAAAUUUCCUAUGAUAUCUUUGGAAUUCCACUAGAGUUAUCUAUAGAGGUGCAAAGAGGUUGAAUAUAAGGCAAUACAAUGUACUCCAAAUGUUUAGUAAAAUAAAGAGUUGGGUAAGAAAGCUGUAAAGUAAUAUAUUAAGCUGGUAGAAGAAAGUAAAAUGUUUAGAAUUUUUUUUUUUAAUCCAUCUUGUUACUCCGGUGCGACAUGGAAGCAUUUUUUAUAUGAUGGGAGUUUGCCAGUAUUACAAAAUCAUUGUUUCAAUUAAUACUGCAGAACCAGCUGAUGCAUUGAGAUGACUGCUUAUCAUUUGUUUUUAAACUUGAAUAAUAUGAAAUGUCAGUAACUUCAAAGCAAUUUUAUUCUGUUGGCGCCAACAUUUUCUGGAUCAGUUCUUUUGACAGAUUGAUUAUUCAGUAGAUUCAGCUAUAAAGUUGUAUUUUAUUUUCAGCACAGAAAGGUAUGAUUAUGAACACGAUGGUUUAAAGUUGAUGGUAUGUGUUGCAAUCCAAUGAUCAAUCAGUGUAGAUGUAACUAGCCAAAAGCUUCUUGGAAUUAUUGGGAUCUCCUGCAACAAAUGAGCCUCAAAUUAGUUUGAAGGUUAGGAGGAAAAACUGAAGCUUGGCUGUCCUAAUUAGUACCAAGGAUGACAAUCUACAGCAUUUUAACUGAGAUGUCUCCAAAAAAACUAGUUUGCUACCUAGUCAGAGAAGGAUAGAGAUUAUCUUCUUUUCAUGUGCUAACACUCAAGUCAUUCAAUGAUUUUUAUACUGUACCCACUGGAGAAAAAGUGCUUCCAUUGUGAGAUUUGAAGUAUACAGCAACAUUCUUAAAAGAUACAUUGUACCAUGGCCAGGUCCAAAAUGGGAGUUCUAAAUGGUGGGAAAGGAACCUUCACUACACAAUGGAUGGCAAAAGAUAAUGACAGAAACCUCGAUAGGGAACAGUAGAAUGGACGCAGUCCUGUACAUACUCCCACAGUUAGUCUCCUUCAUGUGAUGAGAAAAGUUCAGUUUGUUUGCUUAAUUACAGUGAAUUCAUAGUUAGUAAAAUAAUGAUUUUCUAAUGAUGAUCAAUGAUAUUAUAGACAAUAGACAAUAGGUGCAGGUGUAGGCCCUUCGAGCCAGAACCGCCAUUUAAUGUGAUCAUGGCUGAUCAUACCCAAUCAGUAGCCCGUUCCUGCCUUCUCCCCAUAUCCCCUGACUGUACUAUUUUUAAGAGCCCUAUCUAGCUCUCUCUUGAAAGUAUCCAGAGAACCGGCCUUCACCGCCCUCUGAGGCAGAGAAUUCCACAGUCUUACAACUCUCCGUGAGAAAAAGUGUUUCCUUGUUUCCGUUCUAAAUGGCUUAAACCUUAUUCUUAAGCUGUGGCCCCUGGUUCUGGACCCCCAACAUCGGGAACAUAUUUCCUGCCUCUAGCGUGUCCAAACCCUUAACAUUCUUAUAUCUCAAUAAGAUCCCCCUCAUCCUUCUAAACUCCAGAGUAUACAAUCCCAGCCGCUCCAUUCUCUCAGCAUAUGACAGUCCCUCCAUCCCGGGAAUUAACCUUGUAAAUCUACGCUGCACUAACUCAAUAACAAGAAUGUCCUUCCUCAAAUUAGGGGACCAAAACUGCACACAAUACUCCAGAUGUGGUCUCACUAGGGCCCUAUACAACUGCAGAAGGACCUCUUUGUUCCUAUACUCAACUGCUCUUAUUAUAAAGGCCAACAUGCCAUUUGCUUUCUUCACUGCCUGCUGUACCUGCAUGCUUACUUUCAUUAACUGAUGAACAAGGAACCCCCGAUCCAGUUGUACUUUCCCUUUUCCCAACUUGACACCAUUUAGAUAGUAAUCUGCCUUCCCGUUUUUGCUACCAAAGUGGAUAACCUCACAUUUAUCCACAUUAAAUUGCAUCUGCCCACUCACCCAACCUGUCCAAGUCACCCUGCAUUCUCACAGCUAGAGGAAGAGGAUAGAUCUUUCAGAAUUAUGUACAAAAUCCGGCCGUUUUGUAGUAAAUUGAAAAUAUUUUUAAUGACGUUUUGAGGUAACGGUGAAAUGCAGUGGCACAGGAAAUGGAAUUGCACUGACUUUGUUUUUGUUGAAUAUACUCAGGUGGGCUAAUAUUGUAGUGCAGGAGAGUGGUCAGUUUAUUGGGCAUUGAAUUUAUGCCAGAUUCUAAGAAUUUAACUUUCAACGGAAUCUGAAACUGUCAUUCAAUAUCUUCCACCUCAGGUCAUGAGUAUGUUUUGUGUAACAACGUUUUUUUUUAACAUGGAAGUAAUAGAAAGACAUCUGGUUAGUCUUUGUUUGACAUUCAUAUAUGAAUUGUAUGACAGGAUGCAAGAGAUAGUACCUUAUCACCCUGGCAUGUUCAGACCAGAAAAAUCAUGACAAUUCUGAUUUUCCUGAUCUGCAUCCAGUUGUGAUUUACAUUAAACUGAUUCGGAUGACCAGGAUCUUUCUCAUCCCAUUCAAAAAGAAAAUUGGAAAGUUUAUGUUAAUAUUGCCAGAAUUAUUACUAAUAUAUGUAAUGUCAUAAUUAUCAUUGCAAAAUCCAUCUUAAUUCUAUUGUUACUGGAGGAAAUCAAGUUGUUCAACUUUUCAUUGUAGCUACUACACAUAUACUCUGAAUUAAUAUUUUAAAGGACAAUAUAUAUUUUGCUGCUUUGGACUUUUUCAAACUUGAUUCUUGAUUUAAUGAACUUUGUACUAUAAACAGAAUUAAAUGAUUAAAUUAACAGCAAUUAGCAUUUUUUAAAUCAUUAUUUCCAAGUAGAUGUCAUUUAUUACAGUAAACAAGGAGCAGAAGUCUUUAUAUUAUUCCUUAUAAUCUUUGCUAACAGUUUGCAUUUAAGUUUGGAAUUCUAGUGUCAAAUAUUGUUUUUAUAAAUUUAAAUGAUGAUAACAAAACUGGUCUACUCUUAAUUUUAAAAUGUAAUUUUGUCAAUCAACUGAAGAAAAGUCUAUAACAGUCAGCUAAACAAAGCCAAGUCUAUCUGAAAUCAUUAACUAUUUAUGGAUAAUGAUGCUUUCAUCAUCAAUACAUUGUUCUUGCUAACCUUCAGCACUAGCCUUCCUUUUCAGUUUAGUUAAUCCUUUAUGACUUGGCCCACAUCCAGGAAGUAAGAAAGCAAUGUUACACUGAGGAGCAAGAAUGGCCUAUAUUUAGGAGUGUGCAGAGAAUAUCCUGUAAGUAGUAUGAAGCGAUCAUAUUGGCAAAAUACAAGGAAACUGAGUCACAAGGAAAUGGAAGGGGAAGACUAUUAACACAAGUAGAUUACCAGAAGUUAAGUUUGAUGUAAAUGCUACAGCUGAACGUUAUAUUUUGUUACACUGUGGUGUAGAAUCCAUUUGCACUUUUAAAAUUAUUUUGACCAGAUUUUACCCGCGGUGACCAGGAUAUCAUUUAUAUAAAACUAAAGGCUCUCCUUGAUUGGCUGAACUGAAAUGCUGAAGUUCAAAAAUAAGAAAAGACAUUUGUGGAAUUAAACAGUCAAUAUUUGCAAAAGAAAAUUGCAUUUUUAGAGCUCCUUUAUUGGCCUGGGCAUCUUAAGGUCCUUUGCAAUCAAUGAAGUACUUUCAGUUUGUAGCCAUUUAUUGUUGAAAUAUAGGAAACAUGUGAGCACAGGAAUACAGCAACCUCGGACAAACAACAUGUAAAUAAUCCCCCAGUAAUUUCUGGUGAUGCUUAUAGCUGGAUAUAUAUGGACCAUUUCACCAGGGAGAACCCAAAUGAACUGAAAUAUCUUAUUACGAUUUUGGUACAGUUAUAAAAUGAUGCAAGGGUUUUCAACCGGCAUAGUAUGACAGGAUUCCUGCCUCCUUAAUUGUAAUAACUGGUGUACAUCAACUACUUUAGCAUAAUAAAACUCACCAUUCAUUGUAAAAAUGACGGAAAAUACAGGUUCAGCAUUGAAUGCCCACAAAACUAAUCCUGAAAACUUUUCAUCACUCAUUGGUGAAAUAGAGUUUGGGAUGGGACCGCAAUCGCAUUUGCAUUCUUAGUUCAACACACCUUGGCUGAAUAGAAGUGUAGAAGUUUCUGAAAUGCAUUCAAUAUUUUAACUUGUAUUUCCAAAUAUACUGUUCAUGAAACACCAAUAGUGGUCUUGCAAGAUCAGGUAAUAAGAACUGUCCUGGGAAAUUCACUUUUUUCCUCUGUGAUAUGCUUAAGGGAAAAGAUUGUACCAACAUUUCACAGCCCAUUUUAUUUAAUUUACAGAAGUAUAACAUAGAAACAGGACCUCCAGCCAACAUGUCCAUGCCAAACUUUUUGCCCGUCAACACUAACCCAAUUUGCCCUUGGAUUUAUAAUAUUUUUGGUUGUUAUGCAACAUUUUUGACAAUUAUUUGAAAUUUCUUUUCAUUGUUUUAACACAUGAAUGUAAUGGGUAAUCGGUCACUCUAUUCUUUAUUGAUGAAUUAAAUCCUCCAUUAAUUUCAGAUCCAGAUUUCACUUGUCUCUUCCUUGUCUCCAUUUUUCACUCGUCUCCUCCCAUUUAAAUCCUCCAGACAUGGUUUCACGAGACAAAGCACCUUCUUUCAGUCAGCACUGUGGCUUGAGUCCUUCACUGUCUCCUGAUCUCCACCCUAUCAGGGACCUUUGUUGUUCCCUCCAUCCCUUCUCCCUUCCUCUACAACUAAAACGUAUUAAUUUUCAAAUAUUUCAAAAUUCUAAAUGAAAUGUUAACCAUCUCACCAGAUGUGAUCUGACCCGAGAAUUUCCAGCAGUUUCUACUUAUGCUUUCCAGCAUCUGCAGUAUUUUGUAUUUGGAUCCUUAAACUCUUGUUGGGAAAUAUAUGACAGGGAAUGAUGUUGAAACAUUUUAUACUUUUAAAAAAUAUUCUACUUCCAAAAUACACAAUUUUUUAAUCAAGAAUCAGUCAUUUAUAAUUUAUAACUAAUUCCAGUAUGUACUAUUUCAUUAAUCACAUUGUCAGUAAUUUAUCAUUUAUAUAUUGAUAAUAUCAGAAUUUUCAAAAGUAGUUUCACAGUCCUUAAAACCAGCUGCAAUUAAAUUAAGGAGUCUCCUAAGACUGCAUGUCUGGAUUUCAGGAGCCUAAUAUGGAUUUAAUGUUGAAGAGAAAUAGUAGACGAGAGAUGAAGCAUCUGAGAAGUGUUUGUCUUGUUUUUGUAAAUAGCAAGUCUUUGUUUAAUUUUGCUGGUGUCAGAUUCUUGCAACUUCUGUUUGUAAUCAGUACUGAUGGAAUUUCAAAUCGUGUAGUUACUUCCAAAAGGAGAACAUCCUAUAUAGCUAGACUGAACAUAAUUUGUAAUAUUGAGUUAUAGGUAAAUAAGAGGGGAAAUCAGUCUGAUUACUUUACGUUGCCUAGAGCUGGCUAAGUUUAGAGAUACAGCAUGGAAAUGGGCCCUGCAGCCCACCGAGAACAUGCCGACCUCGAUCACCCGUAUACCAGUUCUAUCCUACACGCUAGGGGCCAUUUACAGAGACCAACUAACCUACAAACCUGCACUUUGGAAUGUGUGAGGAAACCGGAGCACCCAGAGAAAAUCCACACGGUCACAGGGUGAAGGUACAAACGCCAUAGAGAAAGAAUCCGUAGUCAGGAUCAAAUCAGGGUCUUUGGCACUGUGAAGCAGCAACUCUACUGCUGUGCCACUGUGCUGCCAUGACAUGAACUCAACAGACCAAAAGGCAUAAGUUGUAAUAAACAUUAAUUUGUAAUCUUAAUUUAUAUUUAUAAAACUUAAUAUGUUGCAUAAGGUAUCUAUAACUUUCCAGGCUGUAGAGUAAAAAAUCUAGCUCAGUCGUGAAUGGCAGAGUAACUGCACGUUUUAUUUGAAUUAAGAUCUUGGCUGAUGUUCCACCUUGCUGUGAGGAAAGGUGAGACAUCUGGUAAUAAUCAUGGCAGAUGAUUUUCAAGCACUUUGCUAAAAUGGUCUUAAAAGAGCUUAAAGUCACACACACUUUUCCCAAAUUGCCAUUGUCUGAAAAUUAUUAUGUUCAAUUGCACCUUUCCAAAGCAUGGAAUUCUAAAAAUACUUUGUAGCCAACGCAAUACUUCCCAAGUGUUGUAAUGGAUUAAGUCUGCAGCCAACUUGCAUACUGGAAGCUCUAACAAACAUAGAAAAUAGGUGCAGGAAUAGGCCAUUCGGCCCUUCGAUCAUGGCUGAUCAUCCAACUCGGUAUCCUGUACCUGCCUUCUCACCAUAUCCUCUGAUCCCUUUAGCCACAAGGGCCACAUCUAACUCCCUCUUAAAUAUAGCCAAUCAACUGGCCUCGACUACCUUCUGUGGCAGAGAAUUCCAGAGAUUCACCACUGUGUGAAUUUUUUUUUCUUAUCUUGGUCCUAAAAGAUUUCCCCCUUAUCCUUAAACUGUGACCCCUUGUUCUGGACUUCCCCAACAUCGGGAACAAUCUUCCUGCAUCUAGCCUGUCCAACCCCUUAAAAACAGCGAUUAAAUAAUGGCUAUGUUUUCAACUUUAGUGAUGUUGAUAUCUAAGAAUUGUCAUUAAAAAAAACCCCACCCAUAUUGUAUGAAACACUCCCAUGGAAUCUGAUGUCCAGCUGAAAAAGCAAGUAGGGUUGUAGUUAUUUUUUUAAUAUUUAAAUUCAAUAUUAAAGCUUCUGUGGUGCACUUGACAAUCUUUUUUGAACUCGGGAUCUGUUUUGUUUUCAGAAUUGAUGUUUUCUAAAUUUGCAAUGGCUGAGGUUAUCUGUUGCAAUCAAACAAAUCAAUCUUCUGUCUCCCUGAUCCAACAGCAUCUCAUAUUUCGCGUGGGCAGCUUACAACCCAGGGGUGUGAUAUUGAUUUCUCUAACUUCAAGUAACCCCUGUAUCCCCUCUCUCUCCAUCCCUCUACCACCAAUGUCCACACCAGCUUUUCGUUCUCACCUAGAAAACAGCUAACACUGGUCUGUUUCCUUUAUCAUUGUUACUUUUUUGCAUAUCUUUCAUUCAUUUGUUCUAUAUCUCUCGUUUCCCUUUCCCGUCACUUUCAGUUUGAAGGGUCUCGACCCAUUAACGUCUCCCAUUCCUUCUCUCUAGAGAUACUGCCUGUUCCACUGAGUUACUCCAGCAUUUUGUGACUAUCUCUGGUUUAAACCAUAUCUGCCGUUCCUUCCUACACCAUUGCCAUGCUUGUUCUAUCCGGGUUUUAGUAAUGCUUGGGAUGAUGCACCCAAAACUAUUUCACAGUAUAGAAUACUGGGGAUUCUUUUGGGCAAGCUAAGUUUUGUAUUUCUAGAUUAUACGUAAUCACGUAUAACUCAUCUAUAUUUGUUCAUUUCUGUACGACAUUACAGCUUUAAGUAUAACUCUUCUUUGGAAAUGUGAAUGUAUUCAAGUUGACAGGGUACUGCAGAUGCUAGAAUGUGAAGCAAAACACAACUGCUGGAGGAAUUCAGUGGGUCAGACGGCAUCCCUGGAGGCAAAUGUUGUUUAGCUCUUUCACAACUUGUUUAUUAACCAACAUUUGCGAUGCCACACAUAAACAUGUAUAUAUAACAACAGACAAUAGGUGCAGGAAUAGGCCAAUCGGCCCUUCGAGCCAGCACCGCCAUUCAAAGUGAUCAUGGCUGAUCAUCCACAAUCAGUACCCUGUUCCUGCCUUCGCCCCAUAUCCCCUGACUCAGCUAUCUUUAAGAGCUCCCUCCUUUGGACUUUAUGGAGAAAUUCUCUUUCUGAAUAUUUCACUCUCUUAGUGGAUCUAACUGAAAAUAAUUGGAUUAUGGAUGGAAGGGGGGCAUGAUAAAGUGUGUCUCGACAUGGCAUUGAGAUAAAUUAGAACUUUUUUCCCCACCUUUUCAAGGCCUGCAAUGAAAAGUAUAUCAGCCAGGUUCCUACGUGAAAAUUAGGUUAGUCUUAACCCAAUCCUUAGUUUUAUGCAGUGUCCGUACCUAUUAUCUGUAAAUUUGCACUCAAGAAAAUUGCCGUACUGGUGGUAUGACAGAUUACAAUGUACUAUGACCCAAUUGAUGGCACUAAAUUCGCUGUAACUGAGGUAUGAGUACAGUACUUAGUGCUGAAACUGACUGCUUGCGAAUUUCUUUGUGAACACAUUUGACAAACAGUGGAAUGACUUUCAAUAAUUAAACUUGACUGAUUCAUUGGAAAUAGAUGGGUGAUUAAUAACCAAGUGCCUGAUAAUAGGCAUCACAGAGAGUAUAAUACAGGUUUAAUAUACUGUUUUAAUUUCCAGAAAAUUAAUGAAUGUAUUGCAGCAUUUGUACUUUACUAUGUUCUUUAUGAAAUUAUACUGUUUGUGUGGUAACAAUGUUAUUGUUAAUUUUGGGACCUAUAGUACUUAAGAUUUUUUAAUAGAUAUUUUUCAGAAUUACUAUUGUAAGUACAACAUUUUAGAUCUAGAUUUCAUUAUUGCGCAGUGAUUUGUUUAUUUUUAUGAUUAAUGAUUAUCUUUCAAAUAACCAUAGCUUAAUUUUAUUUUUCUGAAGAAGUUGUUGGAUUUUAAUUUUCCCGGUUAGGAAAGGGUUAAAUGUGUUCUUUAAAUGAUUUGUGUUGAAAGCAGAUCAUUGAGAAAGAUGCUGUUAUUUAUGCAGUUCUAUUACAACAGGGUGAAAGUGUAAGAUAGGAGAAUCUAGAGCUGUUUGUUGGUUUUAUUGAUGUUCCUCUCAAAGCAGCUUAAUAUUGUCUUGAACACAAGGAUGUUUCUCAAAUCUUGAAACCCAUUCUCAAGACAAUUGCCAAGUUUCCAAUGUUGUGAAGUCUCUGUUUGUGAAUUUGUCCACACACUUCUAGCCUAAUCUAAACAGGACAUAUUUUUCAAAUGAGUUUAUUUUUCCAUCUUCAUGUGUGGUAGUAAUUGACAUUUUCAAUGAAAUUAUUAGGGGCAGAGCAAAGUUCUGAAUUUGCCCAGCGAUCGCAUCUACAAAUACAUGAUCUAUCUGUGCUACAUGUCACAUGUUUAUGUGUUAUAACAACCCCAAGGUAACUGAUAUUGAAGUCCUAAGCAAUAGCAUUGCAACAUAUUCUUGUCAGUAUAGGUUUAAAUUUUCUUAACUGGGAUGUAUCAAAAUCAACUAGCUUAGUUAAUUGCCUCUCCAAUAAAUAACACAGAGAGUUUGGUGUCUUUUUUCUUAUCUGAAAACACCCAAUUCUGAAGCAAUGGUUAUGCCAUUUUCUCCAUUUGCAUUCAUUUUCCAAUUGUUGAGAAGUGUAAGGUCAGAAACUAAACGCAUUUAUUGAUUUACUAGAUAGCCUGCAUGACAGAAAACCCCCUUAUAUGUGUACAUUUGAUUUGAAUCGAAGUAAACACAAGCUAAUAUACAAAACUAUGUAAAGAGAGGGUGUUAAAGAAGAAACAAAUGUCUCAUUGUGAUUUUUAAUUUACUUUGAUCCUGCACCAUAUCUGGUGAUUGGGCAGUUGCCAAGUUUGUCAGUGUCAUUGCUUGUAAACAUAAACAAGGCUAGCUCAUGGUCAGGUGCCUUUUCAGUUUCUCUUCACAUUCUUUCUGCUGCAUUACAUGGAGACAUCUGGUUUUCAGCAAAUAUUUGGUUAACUCAUUUCCUUCCUGUACUCUAUUCAUUCCCACGUCCAUUUUUAAAAAGUUAUGUAUAGUUUUUCCAAGUUUGCACUACCUACUACUUAGCUACAAAUAAUUGAUGUAAAUGAUGAAAUAUUGAUUAUGCACAUCUUCAAACAGGAAUUGGUAUAUGUAGUGAGGAUUGGACGAGAAUGUGCGUUGAAGCUGCUAAUUAUGCUCCUGUGUAGAGGCACAGGGCAUUUUUAUUAUAACUGCAGUUUGUUGAUUUGUGUUUUAGUUCAUAUUUUCAAAUUUUUAAUAAAGUUACGGUUGUACUUGAAGAGCAUUGACGUUUAAGGGCAGCUGUAGCCCUCUUUCCUCUUUGAACACUAAACAUUUUAAAAUCAAAACUAAAAUUCAUCUUUGAAUUAGGUGGAUUUUGGGAUCCUGGACUUUCAUUCCUUACAAAAUUGAAGGAUAUAUUCUCAUCAGGCAUAAAACUGUAAAAAAAAAUUAAAAACAUUGUUUGUGGUUAUUUGUUAAAAAUGUUAAUAUUUUAAUUCUGUACUCUAAAGAGUGUUCUACUGCAACCUGGAAGGGAACAAUUAUGGUGGGAGUAAAUCACUUCAGAACUGAAAUUAUUCAGAAGAGAUUUAUAAGUUAUCGGUUACCUAACAGGUUAUAAACUUUACAAAAACAGUUUUUGAUAUGUAUAAACAUGAAAAUAUGGAUUAAAAAAAUUAAUUGGAAAUUAUGGCAAUGCACAGCAUGAUGGUCAACAUCUGGCAGAGUAAGAUAGAUUGAUGUUACAGGUGGACCCUUCAUUAGAUCAUAAUUUCAUACUGUUCUACCUCCUCUGUAAUUCUAGGAGUUUGUAUGAAUGCAAUUUGGUGGCAAAUGCAAGGAAUGGUAGCAUGGUCAUAGACUUGAUCAUUUUUUUUCAGGGGGCUGAGUAUUUAGUUUGCUGAGUGUUUGCAUUUCAUCUGUUUUUGCUUCUGUGUAUUGUAUGCGUAUGCAAACGACAUUGCAGGUUCAGUGAAUAUUGGCAUCCACAUAUACUAUUCACAAGGACUUUAGAGCAGCCACUGUAAGACUAAGAAUUUGCUCCAGGUUUCUAAACUCCUGAUUCAAACCAAGUUAAAGAUCUGAUAGAAAUCAUCCAUCCUCUUGGAAUCAUUACUGUUUUGAACAUGUUGCCGAUUUUAUUUAGCCUUUGCUCAGAUACUGGAGUAACUCAGCGGGGCAGGAAGGCAUCUCUGGAGAGACGGAAUGGGUGAUGUUUCGGGUUGACACCCUUCCACCAGUGAUCUGAUCUGAUCUGAUCAUUGCACUCAGGCUGGGUGAGACAAGUCAACCACAUUUCUUCUUCUUUAGCACUGUUUGGGGAUAAUCAUCGUACAUCAAUUUGAAAUCACUAAAGAAGAUUGACCAUAUGGGCAAGGCUGCUGUGAAAUUUGGAGGCAAAUUUUCGAGAGAGUGAGGGGAAAAAUAAAGAAAGAGCUCUGUUGUUAUCAUAGAUUCCUGUCAAUAAAGAAAAUAUACUUUAAACAUUCUUGUUGCAGAAUAUCCUUUGUUAAAUCCAUUUGCAGUCAAUAUUUUACCAGGCUUUUAUUGGUGAAUUUAUUACUUUUUUUAAAUAUAACUAGAUUGAGAAGAUUUUUUGCAUGUCAAAUUGUAUUUACAAUAAUUGCAUUACAUGCCAGUGUCUAUUUGCAAAAUGUACUGUUGGAAUAUACUACUGAUCAUGUAGAAUGUAUUUUAAACUUGAGGUCACUUUGAUCUGUGUUACCUUGUUCUCUCAAAACAUGUUGACUUCAUUUAAAGUAAACUUGUUUGAACCCUUUCAUAAAUAUUAGUGAUGGUAUUGUUUUACUUUAUAAAUUUAUAUAUUAAUGAGGUCAACCCAAGGUACUUGCGAAGUCUGACAAAAGUAUGUAAAAGAGUCUGAUAUUUAGUUUUAUUGGUCUAUUUAGGCAUGGUGUAAAACUGUACAAAGCUCAAAGUCUGUUAGUUUGAUUGGACAUUUUUUCCAGUUUGUCCUGGAUUCAUUCGUCCUGGAUGUGAAAGUUUAUACAUUUAAAUUGAAGUUUUUUUUUUAAAUUGGGAAAUGAGGUGUGGUUAUUAUGAAGCACUAUUUUCAAAACGAUUGUACAUUGUUAUGCAGUAGUUGGCUCACACAGACACCAAAGA